AUGAUGGUUGAAAAUAAUGAUAUUGAAGCUGCCUCUGGCAACAAGACGUACUCUCAUCUGACCAGCGACGCAGCAGCAAUCCUCUCCCGUCAGGUCGAUGGCCCAACAACGGUCGUCAAGUACAGAACGCUUUUUCGCUAUGCAACGAAUUCUGACCUCUUGUUCCUCGCUGUCAGUGGACUCAGUGCUAUUGUCGCAGGUGCAAGUUUGCCUUUGAUGACAAUCAUCUAUGGCUCCCUUGCCGGUACCUUCCAAGGGUUCUUUCUAGGCACUGUGACGGGCUCAUACUUCAUUCAUGAGAUAAAUCGAUUGACGUUGUAUUUCGUCUAUCUCGCUAUUGGCCAAUUCGCUACGAUUUACAUUGCCACCGUUGGCUUCAACUAUGUCGGGGAACACAUCGCCGCCAAAGUGCGUGCAAACUAUCUUGCAGGUAUCUUCCGACAGAAUAUGGCUUAUUUUGAUCUUCUCGGAGCUGGGGAAAUAACAACUCGAAUCACAGCAGAUACCAACUUAUUCCAAGACGGAAUUUCAGGAAAAUUAGCAUUGUUCCUUCAAGGCAUCGCAACUUUUGUCACGGCCUAUAUCAUCUCUUAUAUUCGCUAUUGGAAACUGGCACUGAUCCUGACUUCAACCAUCGUGGCUAUUGUUCUUACGGGAGGAGCACUCGGCCGUUUGUCUAUUCGGUGGUCGAAACUUUCCCUCGCGUCGUAUGCCACGGGAGGGUCACUUGUCGAAGAGAUAAUAAGCUCGAUCAGAAAUACCAUUGCAGCCGGUACGCAAGAUCGGCUGGUCAAAUCGUACGACAAACACUUGGCCGAUGCUGAGACUCCAGCGUUCCGAACAAAAGUCACGACAACGGCUACAGUUGGAUUCAUGAUGUGCUACAUCUACCUGUCUUACGCACUAGCUUUUUGGCUGGGUAGUAAAUAUGUUGCAGAAGGAGAAUGCUCUCUGAGUGAUGUUCUCACGAUCUUACUGGCCAUCAUCAUGGGAGCUUUUGCUUUGGGAAAUGUGGCGCCAAAUAUGCAAGCAUUCGAGACUGCGAUCGCAGCGGCCUCUAAGAUUUACUCAACAAUCGACCGACCUUCUCCUCUUGACCCGACAGAGACGAAAGGGUCCAAAAUCGACUACACCGAGUUCAAAGGCACUGUUGAAUUUCGUGAAGUCAAGCUUGUCUAUCCCUCGAGGCCACACGUAGUUGCUCUGGACUCGGUGAGCUUCAACGCACGCCCCAACAAAACGACAGCAAUCGUAGGGGUAUCGGGAUCUGGGAAGAGCUCUAUAGUAGGACUUCUUGAGCGCUUCUACGAGCCAUUGGAAGGUGAAAUUCUGCUUGAUGGCGUCAAAAUUGAGGAGCUUAAUCUACAAUGGCUUCGCCAGCAAGUGGGCAUUGUUUCACAAGAGCCAGUCUUAUUCGCCACGACAAUCGCACAGAAUAUUAGGUAUGGUCUGGUUGGCACCAAAUACGAGCAUUUACCGGAAGAUGACGAAGAGGUUGUGGCGCUGAUCACGAAAGCGGCAAAAACAGCCUAUGCCCAUGACUUUGUCUGUAACCUUGACCAAGGAUAUCAAACCAAUGUCGGCAUCCGCGGUCUUCUUUUGUCAGGAGGUCAGAAACAACGGAUAGCUAUUGCACGGGCAAUCAUCGGAGACCCCAAAAUACUGGUGCUAGAUGAGGCGACUUCAGCAUUGGACUCAAAAAGUGAAGGCAUAGUUCAAGCUGCGUUAGACGGCGCUUCUCGCGGACGGACUACGAUUGUUAUUGCACAUCGGUUGAGCACUGUCAGAAAAGCCCAUAACAUUAUAGUUGUCUCCCAUGGAAAGGUUGCCGAGCAGGGCACUCAUAACGACCUCCUCGAAGCAAAGGGAGUUUACCAUACCCUUGUUGAGGCCCAGGGGAUAGUAGAUCACAACACAUCGACAAAUUCUGAUAUAGCUUCGGUUCCUCAUAUCACACGUAGAAGUGGAGUGUUGCGAUUGAGUGGGAAUUCAAGGGACGAAAAAAGAGAUUCACGUACCGAGGAGGCAUCUUCCAACAGCGCCACGGGAUCAAAAGCACCGCAGUACUCACUCUGGCGUCUAGUCAUAACAGUGGCGUCAUUCAACAUACCCGACUGGCCCUAUGGUCUCACUGGCAUAGUCUGCGCAUUCGUGACAGGCGGUGCAAUCCCUGCCCAAUCGGUCCUUUUUGCUAAAUCCAUAGCUUCCCUUGCACUACCCCAGGACGACAACGCAAAGUCUCAGGUCAGCUUCUGGUCGUGGAUGUUCUUCCUACUUGCUAUCGUCCAGCUCUUCGCGUACUUAGUACAAGCAUAUGUCGUAGCAUGGUGCAGCGAAAAACUGGUCCGCAGAGCCCGAAAUGCUUGUUUCCGAGCGAUAUUAAGACAAGAUGCCGCAUUUUUUGACAGACUUGAAAAUUCACCAGGCGCUUUGACGUCUUUUCUCAGUUCUACAGCCAAUAACUUGGCCGGAAUCUCCGGUUCCACGCUUAGUACGAUUCUCUCCGCCAUAGUCACUCUUUUUGCCGGAUUCAUAAUUGCAUUGGCGAUUGGAUGGAAGCUGGCUUUAGUCUGCAUCUCUACAGUACCAAUUGUCCUUGGUUGCGGUUUCUUCCGCGUAUGGGUGCUCGCUCGGUUCCAGGCUCUAUCAAAGCAAUUUUACGAAGAAUCUGCGUCCUAUGCAUGCGAAAACACUUCCGCUAUUCGUACUGUGGCAUCUUUGACGAGAGAGAAUGGAGUUCUUUGCAACUAUCGCCAACAGUUGCAUGAGCAAGGGAUACGCUCCCUUAAAUCAGUAUUGCGCUCCAGCGCACUCUACGCGGCAUCUCAAAGCCUUGGAUUUGCGGUCAAUGCCCUUGCUUUUUGGUACGGCGGUCAACUCAUUGCUCAACACGAGUACUCAAUCUUCCAAUUCUUCGUUUGUUUUUCCGCUACGGUAUUUGGUGCACAGUCUGCCGGAAUUAUCUUCAGUUUUGCGCCUGAUUUAGGGAAGGCCAAACAAGCUGCAACUGAUAUGAAGACUUUGCUUGAUCGCAAGCCGAUCAUUGACAGCUCUUCGAUUGAGGGUCAAUCUCUGAAGAGUACGCAAGGUGACGUUGAGUUUCGCAAUGUUCAUUUUAAGUACCCAGUUCGGUCGCAAAUCGCUCUUCGGGGACUUGAUAUUCAUAUUAAAUCUGGCCAGUACGCAGCACUUGUUGGAGCAUCAGGGUCAGGGAAGUCAACAGCAAUUUCGCUCCUUGAAAGAUUCUACGACCCCACAAGUGGCGCCAUCUAUCUAGAUGGAAUCGAUGUGACCACGCUCAAUGUCACUGCAUACCGCCAGCACUUCGCGUUAGUGGCACAAGAGCCCAUGUUAUAUCAAGGGACGAUUCGAGACAAUAUCAUGAUGGGUACGAAAGAAGAGGAGGCCGUCUCCGACGGGGAACUCAUGCAAGCUUGCAAGGAUGCAAACAUCCUCGAGUUCAUUCAGUCACUUCCAGACGGCUUCGACACAGAUGUUGGAGUCAAGGGAUCCAUGCUCUCUGGUGGACAGAAACAGAGAGUCUGUAUCGCCCGGGCACUCAUUCGUGAUCCAAAGAUACUUCUCCUUGACGAAAGUACCAGUGCGUUGGAUUCUGAAUCGGAACAAGUCGUCCAGGCUGCGCUUGACGCUGCUGCCAAGGGUCGCACAACCAUUGCUGUCGCCCACAGACUUUCUAGCAUUCAACGCGCAGACGUAAUAUUCGUGUUGGACCUAGGGCGUGUGAUUGAACAGGGUACUCACAGGGAUCUCAUGGCAAGAGAAGGACGGUAUUACGAGCUUGUUCGUCUACAGAACCUGCUACAUACUUAG